CCUGUCCGACGCUGAAGAGGGUCAUAACUCGCAUGGUGCAGCAUGCACGGUGACAUAAUUUAUAUUCAGACAAAUCGACCAGAAUGACAAAAGCAGAAAAGAGCGGCCAUUUGAUAAUUGUCUUACGGCAGGAUCUAGAUCCAAACCCCCUGCUCUGAACAUGUAUUGGGCGCCGUCCAUCCCACCUUCUCCGCAUCUGACUUGGAUGAUGUGGCAGCCCCUCGGGGUCUUAUCGUCGACGGCGCGUUUCAUAAGUACUUUCGUUCUUCUCUGUCCUCGCUGUCCAACUCAUCCAAACUUUCCAUCCGCCAAGAUGUCCCAGCCAUUUCCCGUCGAUCAUGGCAUGACGUCCUUCUGGCGCUCCGAGCCCCAUCCCUUGGAUAAUCACCGCUCGACGGAUGCUCUACCUGAUGAAUCCGACAUCGUGAUCAUCGGCGCUGGGUUCGCGGGAGCUGCCACUGCCUAUCACUGCCUCGAGCGGAGCAAGUCGUCCUCCCAGAGCCCCUCCGUCGUCAUCCUGGAAGCACGCCAGGCGUGUUCUGGGGCUACGGGUCGCAAUGGGGGCCAUCUCAAGCCUGACCCGUACUACCAGAUUGGUAUCAUGGCCGCUGAAUACGGAGUCGAGGCAGCCGAGGAGGUGGCGGAGUUCGAAAUGAAACACCUCUUAGAGCUGCAGUCGUUCAUCGAGCGGGAGAAGAUCGAAUGCGACCUAGAUGUGAACCGAGUUUUCGACGUGCAGUUUGACGAUGAGCAUUGCGCCAAAACCAAGGCCGCGUACGAUUUGCUCCUGUCGCGAGGUGCUACGAGGGUGAAAGAUGUGGAAUUCAGUCCGUCAGCGUCGGCAGAAGCCGUUUCCGGGGUGAAAGGGGCGCGAGGAUGUUUUAGUUAUCGCACGGGGCGCGUUUGGCCGUACAAACUCGUGAUGCACCUUUUGAAAAGAGCGGUGCUCGGUGGAGCCAAUCUCCAGACAUAUACCCCCGUGCACCGAGUUUCGGAUUCACCCGGCGUGGAUGGAAAGUGGACGGUUGAGACAAGUCGGGGAUCCAUCCGAGCCAAGAAGGUGGUUUUCGCCAGCAACGCCUAUACCGCCGCCCUGGCACCCCAGUACAAGAAUCAUAUCGUCCCAGUGCGAGGAGUCUGUAGCCGAAUUGUGGUGCCCAAUCCGCCCGAGAACGCAAAGAACUGCUCGUACACCUUUCGGUCCAACGCCUGGGAUUAUGACUACCUGAUCCACCGGCCGGAUGGAAGCAUCGUCGUGGGAGGAGCCAAAUCGACAUUCUAUCACAAUGCCACGGACUGGUACAACAACACGGACGAUAGUAGGGUGAUUGACUCGGCUGUGCGGUACUUUGACAAUUACAUGCAACGGCGCUUUCAUGGAUGGGAGAAUUCGGGAGCUUACACCGACCGGGUUUGGACAGGAAGUAUGUGCUAUCUACCUGCAAUGAUUUGUGAUUUCCCGUCUCCCAGUUUCUCUUAUUAACCGACUUUAACCAGUUAUGGGAGAUACCCCCGACACUCUGCCUCACCUCGGACAUGUUCCCCACAAGCCCGGACAGCUCAUCAUCGCCGGGUUCAAUGGUCAUGGGAUGCCGCAGAUUUUCCUCUCUGCGCAAGGGAUUGCGAAGAUGACUGUCGACGAAGCUUCAUACGAAGAGACGGGAUUACCGCGGCUGUUUCGAACCAGCUCCGAGCGACUGACGAGGACCGAGAAUAACAUCCUGGCACCUGCGCAGGGCUAGAGGCGCACGGAGAAGGAGCUUGUGCAUGGACAGUGGUGACACUAGCUAGCAGAUAAUCUAAGAGUCUAGGAGGAGAAGGGGAGAAGCAAGUGGAGGCCCAGCUAUCGAUCAGCGUUAUCGGCACCGAAUCAGAGCGCCGCCCGAGAUGCGUCAUUCUCCGCCGCGACUCAUUUUCGUCCGUUUUUCUUUCCCCGACCCGCGCUCGCCGUUGCUGCUGCUGCCCAAGUUUCCUCGUGAACUUCCCCUGUCUCCUCGAUUCCUUUCUUCGAACCUGUUUUCUUCUUCUUUUUCUUCUUCUCUUCCCGUUGAAUCAUCCUAUGUAUCUCUUUUCGAUCCCGGUUUCCUUGGUUUUUGUC